ACGCGGAAGCGAAGCGGCGAGGAAGGCGCCGUUGGGCGUUGGCCCUGCCGGGUGCCGGCCGUACGUGUGUCGUCGCCCGCACGGAAGCAAAGCAAUCCCUUCCCACGAAUAAACGAUUUGCUUCGCUCGGCAAAAAGUCUCGUCUUCCCCUCCUUCUUCCUGUUCGGUUCCCCUUGGCGGCAGGCGCCCGCGUGAGGCUCGAGUCUUUCCAUAUUCCAAUCCACCGCAGCAACAAAAGCGGCGCAUCCGAUAGGUGGGGUGUUGGCAGGUACUACCCGGUGGCGCGCCUGUCUCCCACGGGACCGGUUGGAUUCGGUUGGAUUUUCGAAUCAAUCAAGCCGGAGGAGAGGUUUUCUUCGCGCGGCCACGGCGGCGGCGGACCGAGGCGGCGGCGGAGAUGCACAAGACCAAGGGGAAGCUCUCCGGCGUCCUGCACAAGGGCUUCAAGCCCGACAAGUGCAAGACGUCGCUGCGGAUGGCGGUGGCGCGGAUCAAGCUGCUGCGGAACCGCAAGGAGGUGCAGGUGCGCCAGAUGCGCCGCGAGGUCGCGCAGCUGCUCGAGGCCAACCAGGACAUGACCGCGCGCAUCAGGGUUGAACAUGUCAUAAGGGAAGAGAAGUUCAUGCAAGCAUAUGACUUGAUUGAAGUAUACUGUGAACUUAUAGUGGCACGCCUGUCCAUUAUCGACUCACAGAAGGCUUGCCCCAUUGAUCUGAAGGAGGCAAUAGCCAGUGUUAUAUUUGCGUCGAUGAGGUGUUCAGAUGUCACGGAAUUAGCAGAUGUCCGGAAGCAUUUCACAAGCAAGUAUGGCAAAGAGUUUGCCGCAGCAGCCCUUGAAGUGCGCCCUGACAGUGGUGUAAAUCGUCUGGUAAUUGAGAAACUGUCAGCAGGAGCACCUGAUGUACAGACCAAAAUCAAAACCUUGACCUCAAUUGCGGAGGAGCACAACAUCAAAUGGGAGCCUAAAGCAUUCGAGGAGAAAUUGCAGAAGCCAAAUGAAGAUCGUCUGCAUGGGUCUGCAACAUAUUCUGGAGGAAAUAUUUCAACUAUGGGGUCAUCUACUUCUAGCAUGUCAACACCACAGCCCACAUACUCUGGUGUUCCUGCAGCGACUGUGUCGGCCACUUCUCAUGUGCCAGCGGGACCUUAUUCGCCUGUAGAUGUCUCCGCGAAUAGAAAUUCUAAUGCUUUCUCACAAGAAAACCUUCGGAAUGGUUCCAGUGCUUCAGUGCCCCCUAGCUCCCAACAUGGUGCAUCUGCUUACUAUUCGACACAGAUUCCUGGUUCCAACAGUAUCUCUCAUGGAAAUACUGAAGCUCCACCUUACACUCAAUAUGGCACAGCAGUCCCAGACACAGUGUCCAGAAAUGAAGAGAUGAACCAAUAUAGGGAAAGAAAACCUUCGGUGAGUGGUGCCAAUUGGAAUGUGGAAUUCAAAGAUGCAACAUCUGCUGCACAGGCAGCAGCAGAGUCUGCAGAGAUGGCAAGUAUUGCUGCUAGAGCUGCUGCUGAACUUGCUAGUCGUGGAAACUAUUCUGGUGAUCAAAGCACUGGAGCUUAUGAGGCAGCUGCUUACAGUCAUGAAAAUACACCAAGGAAGCAACUGGCUAAACAUUUAGUGAAGGAUGAGAAGAGGAGUUUCCAUGACCAUAGCUCAGGUGUAAAUGAUCCAAGGGGGAUGCCAUAUGCAAGAAAAAGUUCUGGAAGAGCAGAAACAAAUCGUGUUGAAAGCCAGAAUAUGUCAACAGUUCAUGCCCCUUCUCAAAGCCAGAAUAUAUCAACAAUACAUGCCCCAGCUCAACAAUUCCACUCUUACAGUCCUGAAAGUCCUGUACAUGAAAUGCCAACUGAACCACCUCGUGCUGAUUCACCUGAGCCUCCACAUUUCGAUGAUUUAUAUGAGAGAGAAAGCAACAUUGGAAGAUCUGAAGUUCAUCCGUUUGAUUUUCCUGGGGAAAAGUUGCAAGAAACUGGACCUUGUGGGCGCAACGUCAAGGAUGUGGAGAUCAGGAAACCUAGCUUUGAUCAGGAGAGCACAAAUGACUACUAUGGCAAUUUCAGUUCUUCCCAAAAUACAUUUACUUAUGGCAGCAGUACUUUCUGGGACAAGCAGAACGACAAAACUCAAGACUCUUCAUCUGUUGUCUUUGAUCAAUAUGAUUCUGAUGUUGAAGAAGAGAAUUUGUUGGAUACUUUCUCCUCAAAGCACACUGAACAGCCACCUGGUGUCCAAGAUCACAUGGCAACUGUAGAUUGGAGUCAAGAGCAUAGAAGUGAAUCUCCUAACCGUAGAACUUCAAUGCUAUUUUCCAGGACAGAAACACAAAAAUCUGAUAAUUUAGGAUCAAACAGAAGGGAUGUUCCUUCACCUCGUACUUAUGGUAACUUGCCUCCUACAUUUGAUUCAGGUGGUGGUAGUUCUGAUGAGGAAAUAGCCACAGCCACGCGUACAGAGUCUUUGAAGUCUGCUUCGUCUGGCCUGAACAAAGAAGCUAACAGAAUUUCUGGAAAGAUUGACCCUGAUGUUAAAGAAAAUAUUGAAGAUUAUGAGUCUAGCUCCAGCAAGAAAUACGUGGCGUCGUCUGGUCUUAAUCUAUCAUACAAGGAGCAACACACUGGUGGGACUGGUGGUUCACCCAUAUCUGAUUAUUUAGGGACAGAGGCACAGAGGCACUUGAACCGUGUACAAAGCAGAGAUUCUGAUCUUUCGGAUGAAGAAACUGAGGCAGAUAAAUUUGAAAGUGCAUCAUCACCAGGAGCAAAUAAGAAUCAGUCCUUGCCUUUUGCCAUUCGGACUUCAGCAACUUCUAAUGAUAAGGAUGGUGAUCUUGGCCUUAACUUUGGAAGGUUAACUCCUGGACUAAGAAACAGACCCAGGCAACCUCCACCAUACACCAAACGUUCCAGGGAGUCCUUGCCUAAGGCUUCUGCGAGCACUGCAGAGCCAGUUGCUUCACAAGAGAAUACUACUCCAUUUGAACAGAACAGAAGUAGCCCCAAAAGCUCACUCUCAACCAGGACUUCUUCAGGUGGAAAUUACAAUAGUGAACUUUAUGACAGGAAUCAAAUUGUUGGAACACGUGGGGAAGCAAGAUCAACCGUGGCAAGAAAUUUCUUCGAUUCAGAUGAUAAUGAGAAACUAUAUGAACAAUCUGUUAGUCCAAGUCCUCUCACCACUAAGAGUUCUGAUCGUGUGAAUUCCAAUCAAGAGCUUUAUAAUGAAAAAUCACGUGGGGAAGCAAGAUCAACCAUGGCAAGAAAUUUCUUUGAUUCAGAUGCUGAUGAGAAACUAUAUGAACAAUCUGUUAAUCCAAGUCCUCCCACAACUAAGAGUUCCGAACGUGUGAAUUCCAAUCAAGAGCUUUAUAAUGAAAAACCAGGUACAGGAGCACGCCGGGAAAUGAGAUCAAGGAUGGCUAGAAAUUACUUUGAUUCAGAUGACAGUGAAGAUGAACUGGAGCAACAGCAGACUACUCAGCCAAAGCAGUCUGGAGUGCAGAUACAAUCACGCAGAACACGGGAUGUAACAUCAGACACAAAGAGAGAUGGUCAUGUCCGAACUGGAGCACGAUAUGCUGAUGAAACCGUGAGCUUGCCAAAGGAGACAAAAGCUCCUCAAUUGAACAACUCAAGUACUGAACAAAGGAGGGUUGCACCUGUGUACCCUAGGGUUGCAGUACAACGCUCUUCACCUAAAGAUGAGAAUGUCGAAUCUCCGAUGGUGGCUAGAGGGAAGUCGCAAGAAGCUGAGAUGAGUAGAACCUCUGUUCCAGGAAAUGUGGGAGACACAGAAACCUCAGCAGGAACUCUGAAAGAAAGCACCCCCAAAACCCCACCUGCACAUGUUCACCCCAAGCUUCCAACGGACUACGAUUCGUUUGCUGCACAUUUUAUGUCGCUUCGAACAAACCGCCGCUAGGUUUACAGUUUCACACCACAUAUAUACGCCUGGUGUUUCACCAAGUCAUAUACGAUAGACACAUACGUUUCAUAGAUAUUGAGUUGAGAUCUGUACAGUAUAGCAACAUACAAUGUUGGGUUUUAUGCGAUGCUAGUUUUGAGCCUACAAUUCUUUUGUUCUCUUGUGGCCUCAUAUAUUUCAAUAGAUUUAUAAUGUAAAGACUUCAUUUCCUGUUGGUGCUUGUUAAUAAGCACAUCAUACUGCCAGCAAUAUGGAACUUCUGGGUUCAUUCAUUUUAUUUUAA